AUGGCCUUCAGCAAGUAUCUAUACAACAAGAUGCCUUUGAUCAAGGACUUACAUGCUUGCUUUGAGGUGUUCUUGUUGAAUUGCAAAGGAUGGCAGUGGAAGGUGGACAAAGGGCUAAUGGAGGCAGAUUUGCACAGUAACCAGUACAAAAUCUAUCCACAGCCAGACAUGCCUGGCUGUAAUUGUUUCUUCUGGAUGUUGCUGUGGCUUACACUUCUCAAGCAUGUUCACUACAAUGGCAAGCUCAAGCCUGAUGACUUUGUCUUCCCCACAAUCAGCUCCAAUGGUGUUGUUCACCAUGGUGAACAUAUCUUGCAUGAUGCUGUCCAGGCUUAG